AUCAUCAUGUCACCCGUUUACUUUAUAUUUGUCGUUAUAUCUUCAGUAGCAGAACAUGAUGAAAAAAUGUACAUGUUGGUGUCGCCCGAUCAACACACCCUCACGCCCCGGUUGGAAGAUUUCUUUUGGACCGGCUCUGGAGAUGGUCCUCCGCCACCGGAUUUAUCGGAACCACUUCCCUCUCCAGUUAGUCCGGUAGUGCUCACCACGACUGUACUUGCUACAGUCUACUUGGAUUCGUAUCCACCACAGGCAGUUACAGAUAAAACAAGUGGUGAAUGCAUUUCGAACUGCGGGGAUGCUAACCCAGAUAGUUUAGAGCCAGACAUCCCCGAAGACAGACGUUACUGGCUGCUGACCGUGAUCCAGGGAUCCACACCCGAUAGUCUACAACUUAGAUUGGCUAGACUAUAUCAAAAAGCCUUUUUAAGACAGCAAGAACGACAUCUAGGCAUAAUAAAAUCGCUAGACGCCCCAACUCCACGGAAAAAGCAUGACGUGCAAUCGUUUAUCGUUAACAAAGAAGCUCUGAGCCCAAUAAAUUCCCACUCCUCUUGGACUCCUGUGAAAUACUACGAUAUACAAAGUUCCAUAGUUGAUUUAAACGACAUAGCUGUUAACACUCAUUUAGCCAAUCAAAAGGACACUACUACAACGUUUUACAAAUUAGACACCGAUAAUUUAAAGGACGUCGAAAUAUUUCCAUUGAACAAUAUAGCUCCUGAGCAAAUAGGACCAACGAAAGUUAAUGAAGAUUCUUGGAUACUACUUAAUCCCACCGUUGUUGUUCAUAAAAGAGAGGUAUUACCAGAGGAAUUUAUAGGCGAUGAAGAAGAUGUGCUAAGUGAAGACAGGAAUGAAGAUUUAAUAGAUAUUCCAUUAGAAAGCGACUCAAGCAAUGAGACAUUAUUGUUCAAAAGGGAAAUCAUAAAGCCGGAACAGCAGCCGCCCGUACAAGUUCACAUUCAGAAUAUAACAGAGUCUUCAGACACUGGUAGUGUGCAAAUAGUGUACGUGGUACUGGUGGGAGGUAGAGCCGUGCCCGCUGCUGUGGCGGCUCGAGACAUGCGUCUGGUGAGGGACGCUGAAGUUGCCAAUGAGCUGGGGGCUGUGGUGAAGACUAAGGCUGAACCAGCGUUUUUAAAAGCGGCUGAGGGCUUGGAAGGAGAAGUGGCUGCCAGCGGAUUUCAUGGGACUGAACUAUGGGCUCUCAUCGUUGGCUCUAUAAUAGCAGUCCUACUUCUACUAGUCCUAUUUACUCUUCUGUGUAUCGCUCGCAGGAAGAAGACUUUAAAAUCAGCGACGUCUUUAAGAGCAUACAGGGAUGAGCUAAUGAGGGAAGUCGAACGGAAUCAAAUGCGUCAGAUAAAUGAUGAAAAGGACUCUAAGCUGAUCAGUGUUGUAUCGCCCAACAAAACAAGACCGAGUAGCGUUUUACUACCGAUUUAUAGAACUGGGAGUGCCUCAAGUUCUACAACAACCUCAUCAGGGAUUUCAGAAGUGGCAACAGCUCUGAAGCGAAGACACAAAAAACCGCAUGCUUUGAGAAUGCCACAGAAGAAAAGAGUGGGGACAACGGACAGUUUGUUAGAGGCAGCCGGUGUAGAGAGCUCGGACAGCGGGCAGCCUUCCGGCCCUCUCACGCCUACUUCCUACCUCUCCAUGCCCUCUGUUAGCGCUUUCCCAAGGGGUAACGCAGUAGAACCGCUAUCGAAGAUUCUCGAGCCCGUCUCCGUGAAGCACUUGGACGUGGAGUCAGGCAGCGAGGACCGGAUAGCGGUGCCGCGGCGGCAGCAGGCGGCGCAGCUGGUUCGGCUGGGCAGCGCUGCUGCAGACCCUGGGGUUAUAGGUCCUCGCGUGUGGGACCUGCACUGCCAGCGACUGGCGUCUAAACCGUCCAGUCCCGCGAAGUCGCUGGGCAAGGAUCCCAAUCAGACGCGAAUGCGGCAGCGCUUCAAUGAGCUAAUGGACGACGCGUUCAGUCUGUUCGGCAGCGCCGGCAGCGGACACUCCCAGGAUACCUAUACCGUGGAGAAAGGGAGUAAAGGUACAAGAAGUGAGCCGUUGGCGCAGGCCCGCAACGACAACGUGCGCUUACCGGCUGCGCACGCCGAGCGAGGCCGCUCCGCUGACACGAGCCGUUUGGGGUCGUCAUCAGAGGCGUCAACGGUUCGCGCGCGCACGGCGCUGUACCGCGCGCCCGCACGACCGCCGCCCACGCGUGCCUGGGGACCCGCCUCGCCGCAUCAUUCCCUCCCUAGCGCGGCGCCGGUAGUGGACACGGCGCUGGUCACGGCGCAGGGCCGCCUGCCGCCCUCCGACCCCGCCCUACCGCUCAUCUCUGCCAUCAAGACAGAGAUACAGCGAGUGAGAGACAACGCUAAACACCAAUGA